AACUUCCCUCCCAAAGAGGGGCCUCCCGUCCAUAUAAGAAGAUGAACGAAGGCGGCGCCAAUGAGAGCCCGAAAGCAGCCACCGAGGAAACCAAGCCGGAUCCAGAGCCACAACCGGAGCCAGAGCCGGAGCCGGAGCCGGGACCCAGCACAGAGCCGCCGCCGGAGCCGCCACCGGAGCCGGAGAAGCCGAAGGAAGAGGCUACCGCCAAGAUGGUGACAGUCGUCGGGAGCCUGGUGGAAUUCCAAUCAGAAUUAGACAACGCUGCAGAGAAACUCGUAGUCGUCGACUUUUCUGCCACAUGGUGUGGACCAUGCAAAAUGAUCAAGCCCUUCUUCCAUAGUCUUUCUGAGAAGUAUCCAGAUGUCACUUUCAUUGAAAUUGAUGUGGAUGAUGCUCAGGACGUUGCCGCACACUGUGACGUGAAAUGCAUGCCAACAUUCCAGUUCUACAAAAACAAGGAAAAGGUGCAUGAAUUCUCCGGAGCAAACAAAGAAAAACUGGAAGAAACCAUUAAGAAGCUAAAAUAACCAUUGGUUCUGGCUCAUUAAAUGCGACUGUUAAGUUAUAGCCUUUUCUACAUAAACUGACCAACUUGGCAUAUGUAUCGAAAUAUACUUUGUCUCUUCAGACUGUAAAUGGAAAAAAAUAAAAAUGUAUAAAUAGUU